AAGAACUCCCCGAUCCAACGACGAUGGAAUCACCGACAAAGCGGCUCAAGACGGCGCUGUGCCUUGACACACAAGAUCCUGCUUUGGAGGAGGCGCUGGAAGUCGACGCACUGAAAGAUGUCGUGGUGAGCCCCCUUGCAACUUUGUCUGCCAACGGAGAUGGAAGUGACGAGGACGACGAGUCGCUGGACGUCGGCGAGCGACUCUGCCGUUGGCUUGAAGCGAACGGUGCCGAGUUGUCCAAGCUUCGCAUUGAAACAUAUGCGCCAGAAGUGCGCGGCGUUCACGCACGCGAUACGUUCGCGGCCAAAGAGCGGGUCAUGCGGAUUCCUCUGAACUGCCUCAUCACGGUCGAGAUGGGCAAGGCGACUGAGCUCGGCCAACGGCUGCUCCACCUCGAGUUCGGAGCCCCCAAGCAUAUCUACCUCAUGAUGUUCCUUCUCACAGACAUGGAGCUUGGGAAUGGUUCGUUCUUCAAGUGCUACUACGACUCCCUGCCCUCGUCCCUCUCCAACAUGCCGAUCUUCUGGACCGCCCACGAACUCGCGUGGCUGCAAGGCUCCCACAUCCUCCAUCUCAUCGAAGACAGAAAGGCGGCCAUCGAGCGCGACUACCGUACGAUUUGUAACGAAGUGCCUGAUUUUGGUUCUCGGUUUACGCUCGAUCGGUUUGCGUGGGCCCGGAUGAUUGUGUGCAGCCGCAAUUUCGGGAUCACCAUUGACGGCAUCAAGACAGCAGCUCUGGUGCCAUACGCAGACAUGCUCAACCACUUUCGUCCCCGCGAAACGUGCUGGACAUACGAUGCGUCGGCCAUGGGGUUUACGAUCACGGCGUUGCAUUCAAUUCCAGCAGGUGCCCAAGUGUAUGACUCGUAUGGGAAGAAAUGCAACCACAGGUUUCUGUUGAAUUACGGGUUUGCCGUCAAGGACAACGUCGAAGCUGACGGCCGCAACCCGAACGAAGUGUGGAUUCCCCUGUCGUUUCUUCCCAACGAGUCGCCCCUGCUAACGUCCGCCAAACGCCAGUACGAACUCCUUGAUCAAUAUUAUCCAAACGUAUAUAUAUAUUAUAUAUAUAUAUACAUUCAUAUACAAUAUGCCCUAGAUACUUGCACGAUAGUGGUGUGCACUCGAUGGACUGUCGCUUCAGCACGUGUCAUUCCGACGUCAAUACCCGCGAAGGGCUCAGUUUUCUGCGGCUGAUCGUGUCCUCCGACGCCGAAUUUGAACGGAUGGCGGCGACGGCGCCGGCGCACGCGGUGCCGCCUCUGUCCCUGGACAACGAGCGGCGGGCUCUGCAGCAUCUGGGGGCCCUGGCGACGGUUCAGCUGUACCAGUAUGCGACGACGUUGGCCGACGACACCGCCAUGCUCGAGUCUGGUGCAAUUGAUCCGUUUUCAAAUCGAGCUCAAGCUCUGUACUUUGUCCGAGGUGAAAAGCAAGUGUGCGCACAUUUCCAGCAACUUGCUCAUGAAGCGCAGCGGGUGCUAUCGCUGCCGCCGCAUGAGGCCGCGUCCGUCUGCCGAGACAUGUACGAAGACGCUGAUGACGUGAUGAGUUGCUACCUGGCCGAUGUGAUUGGGUACCUGGUGCCAGCAUCACACAACAAGCAAGACGACGAACUAGUAGGAGUGCAUGCUGCUAGUACUACUACCGCCAACGAUGUAUAGAUGAUGAUGAUGAUGGACAUCGGUGAAAUCUAACUAGACCCGCUGAGUUCGGUGGUGUGGUGUUAUUGCGAA